AUGUUUAGACCAAUGCUCCAGCAGGGCCUUCGGUUCGGCAGGCCCGUUAAGCUUCUCAGUAGAAGCAGAUUACAAUUCCAGCAGAUGUUGAGGUUUCAGUCUGCCAACGCUGUCAAGAAACCUGAACCCACGGGGAUGAAGAAGUUGGUGAAAGAUUACGGUUACUCUGCUUUGGGUGUUUACUUGACAUUGAGUAUGUUGGACUUGCCGCUUUGUUAUUUGCUUGUUCACCUGAUGGGUAAAGAAGAGAUUCAGAAAUAUGAGAACAAGGCUAAGCAGUAUUUUGGCUACGGUAAGAGUGAUGAACAGUUGGCAAAGGAGCAGGAGAUUGAUAGAAUCCAGGAGGAACAUGAACCUGAGCCUGAAGGAGGCAUGUUUCCUUGGUUUUCGUGGACAGAGUUUGCUAUUGCGUACGGUCUUCACAAGUCUGUCCUCAUAUUCGUUAGAGUGCCAUUGACUGCUGCCUUGACGCCUACUAUCGUCAAGACAUUGCAGAGAUGGGGGUUCCGGAUCGGCUCGGCUGCUGCCACUACGCCUAAGUUCGGAACUAAAGUCACUAAAAAGAACAAGUGGUUUUCUUGGUUCUUCUGA